AUGCGCAUCACCGCUAGCAUUCUUGCUGGCUUCUUUGCCGUGGGCUUUGCUACGCAGGCCACUCCAAUCACCAAGUCAGAAUUCAGCAAGGCCCUUCGUGAAGCAUAUUCUUCCGAAUCUGAUCGUGUUGACGGUAACUGGCGGAUCGGCUGUGACGGGAACAAUCACUGCUCGUAUUAUCGUAAUGCUGCUGCCGCUACAAGCACCGCUGCUUCAGAUUCUGUUCACCCUGACGAAGCAUCGUAUCCUGGGCGGUCUGCGAGGAGCGUCAACGCAACCGCCAUAGUCAUACGUGUUGUCGAGCUCCCUAAGGUCAACAACACCUCUUCAGCCGCAGUGCUUAACAUGAGCGAUGACCGAUUGGCUCGACGCAGCCAGAACGUCUCUUUUCACGUGGAUAUGCAACCACUUUUCGGCCGCCACGUCGCCUUCGAAGGAGACCAAUGUGAAGAAUGCGAUUUAACUCAAUGUCCGGAAUGCCACAGUGACUGUGCCCAGUGCCAACACUUCAAGUGUGUCGAUCCCAAAUCAGGCGUUUCCAUGUGUAUGAGCGUACGCCCCAAGUACUUGGUCCCCUGCGACCCCGUCCCUCCACCAAUCGUGACCACAACGAAGACUAUUUACUACUUGCCUGUGUCUACACCGAUAUCCGCGGAAACAAUCAUAACCUCACGUCAGGCGAGGUCCGUAGCUACAAUCGCACCUCUGCCCACAAUUGUAGUUGCACCCUCGGUUACUAUCACGGUAUCUACUGUUGUAACAAAGACAACCACCGUCCUCACUCCCUUCCCGACCCAAACUACCAAGACGAUUUUCAGGGAAGUCAGCAUCGUACCCAUCAAUCCCGACGAGACCAUCAUCUCCACCGAGACCAUUGUACACUUUGCACCCAUCACGAAACCCAUCAUGCUCGACAGCAGGAACAGCAUGAUAAUUCCAAAAACCCCAAGCGCUAGCUCUCCAACUCCAUCCUUCACAACAGCGCACGGGCCCCGGGUCUCUGGUCUACUCUCCCGUCAGCAGUACAAUACCAGGGAAGCAUCUUGCAAGAUUUGUGGAGACGCUUCAGCCUGUCAGGAGUGCACUUUCGCCUGUCCCGAAUGCGGCGACAACUUGUUAUGUAACAGUCCCUUCAGCAGUCAUAACAUCUGCAUCGACAUGCUGGGCACUGCAAAUGCUACUACAGCCUCGGACAAAAUUCUCGGUCGCACAGCUACGCUUCUCGUUCAACGCGUCGCAACCCCUGUUCCUUCCAACAACGAGUCGACCAUUGGCAAGCCGUGGGAUGUUCAAGACGAUGGUUCGGUGCUGUCGUUGAAGUUUGGGUACACCGACUGCCGUAGUUGCAUUCCUGGAGACAGAGAUUGUCGUGGUUGCAAGCAGAAGUUUAGGUGUAGCGAGAUGAAUAAGUGCGUUCGCGUUGAUGCGACGGCCAUUGUAGAGGUUUGUUACGAGGAAGAGACUCUCUGCCCUGCUUGA